AUGGGCCAUGUAGCCUCCAAGCCGAAGCCCGGCACCAAGCUCCAGGUCAUCGGCGCCGGCAUGCCACGCACCGGCACGGCCUCCUUCAGCAAAGCCCUCGAAAUCCUGCUCAACGGCCCCGUAUACCACGGCGGCACCCAGAUCACCCGCGGUCCCGAGUCCGAGAUCCGAGACUGGAUCAACGUGCUCGAACACACCCCCAUAAAGACCGCCUCAGACGAGAAAAUUGUCGAGGACACCCUGCGCAAGUACUUCGACGAUGGCUACGCCGCCACCCUCGACGUCCCCGGCAUGCUCUUCAUCGAGGAGCUCUUGCAGAUGCACCCUGGCGUCAUGGUCAUCUGCACCAUCCGCGACCCGGACGACUGGGUCGAGAGCAUGCGCAAGACCGGCAGCGCUUCCCUGCAGGCCUUCCUCUCCUUCGCCCUGUUCCUCCUCCCGACUAUGCGCUGGUUCCCGCGUUACAUCGAGGCGAUUCCCAAAGGCCGCUGGGGAGAGCUCUUCCCUCACGAAGACCCACUGCCGGACCUCAAUGUGUGGUAUCUCCACCAAGCGUGGCUCAAGAGAGUCGUGCCCGCGAACCAGUUGAUCUUUUACCAUGUGAAAGAAGGUUGGGGGCCUCUGUGCAAGGCUCUUGGGAAGCCAGUGCCCGACAUGCCGUUUCCCAAGAUCAAUGACGGAGACGCCAUGGAUGCCUUUGCGAAGCAGCAGAUCAUGCGUGGAUUGGGCAGGUGGUCUGUUGUGUUUGGUACCGUCGCAGCAGCCGUCGGCGCCUGGUGGUGGUUUCACUGA